AUAUUGUUCAAAAAAGUAUUUUUCGUAUCCGAGAUGAUUUGGAUCAUAGCAAAACCAAUGGUAAUGAGAUGAAAGAAAAUUUGCUAACUUUACAAGAAGAGUUAAGAAAAGGAAAACUGAAUGAAGAAGAAUUGGAGAAAAAAGUGGCAGAAUUGCAAGCGUUAGUGAUUAGAAAAGAAAGUGAAUUAGAAGAAAGAACUGAAGAGUUGAGAGUGGCUCGAGAGGAUAAAGAGUUAAUAAUUAAACAAAAAGAAAUUUUGGUAGAAGGACUAAAAAUUUUCUUCGAAACAUUAAGUAAAGAUCCUGAAUUAGAUGAACUCAUUUCCUUCAAGGAUAGGUUUGGAGAAAAAGAAGAAGAAUUAAAAAACCAAAGCAGUUUAUUAAAAACACUUUCUUAUUUUCGUAGCUGUUCUUAUCUUCCUAUUUGUGAAACCAAAAAAAUCAGGGUGAAAAGUCUUGAGGAGAUGGAAGGUUAUAAGUUUGAAAAAGCAGAUGAUCUAAUUUUUAAAGAUGGACUAAUUUUGGAAAAAAAUAGCUGA